AUGCCAUGUUGCUUUCGCUCUUUGUCCAUUCUGUGCAGCUUGCGUAUCCGCGGAAGCCACUUGCUUGCAGGUGCAUCGAUCUCACGACAAUCUAGGGCCUCGCGCGUGCAAAAAUCAUGGAUUGUGGGUGACGGUGCGGAUGGUGCCAUUGUUGUGCACGAUGCUGUACAAGCGGGAGUGCAGGAACAAGAGGCGAUGAGCAUCGUCAAAUGCACAACGCGAUUUGCCACAAUCAUGUGCGUCAUCAUUGCGAUUGUCAAAGUGUCCGUCUAUUUGGCUUCUGGGGCUGAAGUGGUCAGGACGUCUGCGUUGGAUUCGCUGGGUGAUCUGAUGGCAAACAUGAUUACGCUUUACACCGGCUAUCGCAUGACAAAUGUGGACCUGAAGAAGUAUCCCGUCGGGCAGAAGAAGUUUCAAAGCAUCGGCUGCCUUGUCUUCAGCACGUUGAUGUUCGCCUUGAUGUUUGGAAACGCGUUGGGGAAUCUGGAGAGCCUCAUCGAAAGCAAAGAUGAUAUUGGCUACAUGGCAAUAACGCGGUUUUUCCAGCAGACGGGCUCGAUCACGGACUUCAGCCGGUGGCAUCGUGAUCUCAAGUGCGAUGCCGAGGGCGAGUGUCAAUGGCAAGAAGCAGCUGACAGUGCUGAAAAGAUAGCGAAUCCGCUGAAGAAGUAUUUUGACGCCCAUGGCGACCCUGCCGAGAAAGCGGUGUAUGCACAAGAGCCAGAUGAAUUGACAAGAGGAGAGAUCGUGCAACAAAUUGCCGACUACGAGAAUGAAGCCGAAAAGUGGCAAGAGCUGAAGACGCAGAACCUCUUCCUUGGCCUCUGUGCAUCAUACAAGUUCUGCCUAUGGAUGUACUGCAUUCUGUAUGCCAUUCCCAAGAGUGGCUCUUCGGUUCUGGUUGCGUUGGCCACCGACAAGAGAAACGACUUCUUCUGCACAAGCUUCGUAAUUGCCGCCACCUUCAUCGCUGCUGGCUUUCCGCAAUUCACUGGCAAGUUCAUUGCUGAUGAGAAAGUUGACCCGCUGGUGUCGCUGCUGCUAUCUUUUUUCAUCAUGUACACAUGGUCAGAGCUGAUGAUGGAGCACAUGACGCUGCUCAGCGAGCAGGUUGCAAACGAAGAGUUUUGCGACGGCGUCCGCAAAGAGGUGUUUGAUGUUGUCAAGGGCUCGCCCUGUUCAGUGGCCGGUGAAGAUAUCAAGGUGUACAUGUCGGGCAUGGGCCACACAAUAGAGGUGACCCUGACUAUCAAUGAGGGCAGCACGAACUUUGCAGCUGUGGGCGAUCUGAUGCAGAAGCUCAGGAACCGGCUGAGACCGCUGGAAGAUGUGGAUCGGGUUCUCAUCAUGACAGCGCCGACAUAUGCCUCUGCUUGA